AUGAAGCUCCGCAACGAGGAUGCGGAAUCAAAGUUGGGGACAUAUCCGUCCGACCGGUGUGGAACGCCGGUCGGUCGGCUAGUGAGCAGCCGCGAGGCCGCGAACUCCAUCGAUCCUCCCUCCACAGUCACACCCAGCCCGACCGAUCCCUUGUCAUUGCUUAUUCUCGCCGUCUUAUCACUUCGAUCACUUCGGUACUCCGGUCCCCAGCCGCGCGCAGCUCUUCGGCCUCUAGAACACAGACUCACGCAAAGAGGAGAACAGCUGCCCCGCCGACAAACGCCUAGGAACAUGGCGGGACCGUAUGUCUCUUUAGGAGGUGUAGUGCUAAUGAUAAAGGAGCGAGGCGGCACCACCACUCCCAAAUCUGCCGGAUGGGGCGUGGGCGAGGCGAGCGGUGGGGAUGGACCAGUGGCUCAUAGACCACAAGACGGUCGUCUCGGCCACGACGGCGUCGAUUGUAUCCACCUUUGCAGGCUUUCCCCUCGACUCGCUCAAGUCCCGACUGCAGAGCUCGCGCGAGAACCUGACCAUCCCCCGACUCGCGCGCGAGGUCAUCAAGGAGGAGGGUGUUGGUGGCCUUCUCCCCUUGGCGUAUCUGGGUCGGUUCCGACCAGCCCUCUAUGUCGCCCAACUCUCGGUGCUCUGGACUACAUCGCAAACCAGCCUCCGCCCCGUCGCCCGCUGCUCCGCACGCUAUCGCGUGCACCUCUCCACGCCUCUCACGCUCCGCGCUUCGCGCUUCGCGCUCCGCUCUCCGCUAACGUCAGACUCUGGCGUGGCUUCCCCCUCCCACUCAUCACGAUCAGCAUUGUGCGCACGAUCUCGUUCAGCAUCUACAGCGCGACGAAACGGAUCCUGAAUUCCGAGCCGGGGACUGUCGAGAAUACGACCGAUGCGAGCGGUAAGACGCCCUGGAUCAAUCUCCGGCUGGGUAUUCUGAACAAGGACUCGACGCUGGAUGUUGCCCUCACGAGUUUGCUGGCCGGUGCGGCCAGUGGAGCCGUGGUCUGUGUCGGAAGCGCGCCGUUCGAGCUCGUCAAGGUCCGACGACAACUCGAGUACCAGAUCUACCGCGACAGCCACCCCGAGCUGUACGGCCCGGCCGAGGGCUCUGCCUCCUCCACGCCCAAAGUCCGAGCACAGGCUGCGCCGGCCGGCGCCUCAGCCGCACCACAACCAGCAGCCACCUCCGCGGCCGAAACCUCCCGCGCAGCCGCAGCCGCCGCCGAGUCUGCGCGAGCAGCCCCAGCCACCGCGGCGAAGAAACCACCACCCUUCGUCCCGCCCAGCACGCUGCAGGCCGUCAAGCUGAUUGUGGACAAGUCUGGCCCCUUGGGGCUGUGGACGGGCUUCCGGCUGCACUUUGUGCGCGACACGAUGGGCACGGCACUCUACUUUGCAGAGUAUGACGUGAUGCGGCAUUGGCUUGGACGAAGGGGAGGAGGGGGCAUGAGCGGCGUGAGCGGGGAACAAGGGGAACUCCCCGAGUGGGCGAGGGGAUGGCUGCCUGUCCAGCUCGUGCCGUUUCUCUGUGGAAGUCUGGCGGGAGUCACGAGCUGGGCGCUGAUCUACCCCGUGGAUGUGAGUGACAGAGCGACCGAGCGAAGCGAGGGAGCUCUCGCUUGGUCGACACGAGCCAGUAGAGCCAACAGAGCCAACAGAGCUCAGCUCGCUGAAGAGUUUCGUUGA